GUAAGACUCUCGAGGGCAUGGAACUGGAGGACGAAGGUGGCACUCGGGAGAAAGCGAUCCCUCACUGGAAGGGGCGCCACGCGCGGGACGAGCUGAUGGCUCCCACAGUCGGUGCCGGCUACUACACGGCUCUGACGAUGGCGGUUUUUGCGGAUAUGGGAUACUACCGCGUGAAUUGGAGCAUGGCGGAGCCGAUGAGCUGGGGCCACCGCAGUGGCUGCGACUUCCUGGAGAAGAAGUGCAAAGAAGCCAAGGAUUUCCCCGCCAAGUAUCCUCACAUGUUCUGCGAUGCUACCGACAAGGAGACGCUUCGCUGCACCUCCGACCGCCGUCACGUCGGGACGUGCACCGCAAGCAUCGUUGAAAACGAGGGGAGCCCUGCGGAUAAGGACGUUUGCCCUGUAGUUUCUUUGUACUUUCACGACACGUCUGGGAUAAAGUACAAUACGUGCUCGGAAAAAGGUGUAAAUUAUCUCCCUGGGUCGCUGACUGGCGGUGACUCGUGGUGCCUGGAUGCGGAAUUACUGUCGAAAAAUGAUGGCGGUAAACAUAAAAACGUCAAGGGAGUGUGCGCGCAGGUGUCGUGUGAGGAGGGCACAGUGAAGGUGAAGCACCUCGGCAGCAGUGAAUUGUGGCAUGAUUGCCCCGAUGGCGGAGAAAUCCCAGUGACGUUGAAAGAUUUUGAGAAAGAUGGAAAGAUCAAGUGCCCGAAGUACGUUGAGGUGUGCACCAUUGCCGGCAACGGCAGCAGUCUUGUCAUUCCGAGUGUGUUGGAGGAUGACAAAGGAGAAGAGCAAGAGGAGCAAGUAGAGGAGUCUGUGGCUGCUUCGGCGUUGCCUCCUGCACAAGAACCUCAUGCAGAAGCGUCUUCCCCAGUCCAACCUCUUGCAGAAAUGCCUUCUCCACGGGUGCAAGAGGCAUUGCAGCAGCCUCGAGAGGAAAUUAAAGCACAAGCGUCCACUGCAGAGGAACCUCAUGCAGAGGAACCACGUGCAGCAGCGUCCACCGCAGAAGAAUCUCAUGCAGAAGCUUCCAUUGCAGGCAAAGCUUCUGAAGCUCCAGUGGCUCAAGCGGCAUCACGGCAGCCUCAACAAGAACGUGAAGCAGGGCAAAAUAAAACGGUGGGGGAAUCUGCCACUACACAGCACGUGCCGGCGAAUACAUCGCAGGGAAGUGUAGGGAAGGCGGCGGCUUCGAACUCCCAUGCCGUUGGGGAAGCAACAGGUGAUGGCGGCACCAUGCGUGAGAGCGGACUGCUACCAUCGCUGCUUCUGCUUCUGUUGGGACUGUGGUGGUUUGCGGCUCUGUGA